AUGAACAAACCUCCUGAAAUGAUAUCUGGCAAUAUGAAGCCAUGGUUAGCAAACUCGUUUGAAAGAAAAGACCUGGAAAGGGAACUCUUGGCCAAGCUUUUGGUGUACUUGUGCACAGCUCAAGAGCACUCGCUGAGCCAGAGGCAGCUACUCCAGAGGUUCCAACAUGUUCUAUCUACCUUGGAGGAUGUCGUGAUCGAUGCGCCGAAAGCGACCAAGUUCCUGGGCCAAAUAUUUGCCAGAGUCGUACUGGAAGACGGGAUCUCGCUGAUGGAGGGAGGAGGGCUCCUGCAGGAGUGGGAUGGCAGGGAAGAGCCAGCAGGAUAGCAUGCCUUGGAGGACUGCCUCGCAUCCGAGGAUCUGGGGAGCAUGCUAGAGUCCAUCAGAGUGGAGAGGGCCAAAUAUUUACUGAUGUGCUUUCAGUUCCCUGUUGGACGUAUCCAUUGUCAGUUGAAGCAGAAGACUCAGGCAAAUGGUCGUGUUGGUGCCACCGCAGCCGUCUACUCAGCUGCCAUCCUGGAGUACUUGACUGCCAAGGUUCUGGAGCUGGCUGGGAAUGCUAGCAAGGAUCUGAAGGUGAACUGUAUCACCCCUCGCCAUUUGCAGCUAGCCAUUCGUGGAGACGAGGAGCUGGACACCCUCAUCAAGGGCACCAUCGCAGGCGGAGGUGUCAUACCGCACAUUCACAAGUCCCUGGUCAACAAGUCAUCCAAGGAGUGA